UUCAGUUGUUAGAGUGAAGAAAAAGAAAAGUCCUCUUCCUACGAUUACUCCUGCUGCAAAUACAGACAAAGAAUACAUCCAUCUGAGCCAAAUCAUUCUUCGCAACCUCUACAGCUGUAGAUAAAUUAAUUAUUAGUGUGGGAAAAGAAGAAGAAGAAGAAGAAGAAAUGGGUGUUUUGGAUCAUCUCUCCAACAUGUUUGAUUGCUCCUCUGGAGGUUCCAAGCUCAAGAAACGCAAUCAAUUGCAGACAGUGGAAAUAAAAGUAAAAAUAGAUUGUGAAGGGUGUGAGAGGAAGGUACGAAGGGCAGUUGAAGGAAUGAAAGGGGUUAGCUCAGUGGAGAUUGAGCCUAAGCAAAACAAGCUUACAGUGGUCGGUUAUGUCGACUCUGAAAAAGUGGUGGCUCGAGUGAUUCUUCGGACCGGGAAGAAGGCCGAGCUUUGGCCCUAUGUCCCGUAUGAUGUGGUCGAACAUCCUUACGCACCCGGCGUCUACGAUAAGAAGGCCCCGGCUGGGUACGUGCGCUAUACCGAGGAUGCUCAAAUCUCGCAUCUUGCACGUGCAAGCUCAACCGAAGUUCGUUACACCACUGCUUUUAGCGACGAAAAUCCUGCUGCCUGUAUGGUUAUGUGAUAUUUUUAAUUAAUACAUUAUGCUUUAAUUUGAAAAUUGUUUGCAAAUUUGAGUUUUUUCCUUUUGUCUAUUAAUUAAGUAGCUUAUUUUAGAAUCAUUUGCUGAGGAGUGAUGUGUUUAUUUGGAAUCUAUUAGUUGUUUAAUUGAAUGUAAAAAAAGGUUGGAUUUCUUUCUAUAAUGUAAAUGGCUCUCCAUUAUAUGCAUAUGCCAAAUUCAAGAUAGGA